AACUCCUUUUGUUCGUGUCAAUGAGUAUAAAUACAUCAGACGAUUCCACCAUAAGACAGUUCCAGUUGUGCGACGAAACAUAACAAUACCAAACUCAUCCUCAAAAUGAAGUCCUUGUUGAUCAUUGGUCUCAGCCUUUGCUGUGUGGGCAUCAUCGUUGCCAACCCUCAGCCCUCGCUUCUGGGUGGCCUCAGCGGAGUCCUGUCCACCGUAUUGAACACCGUGCAGACUGCCAUCACGACCGCGACCAACUUGGUCAACCUGGUCAACACCGCUCUGGCCAACGCCAUCGCUUCCGGAAAUUCUGCCCUGCAGCAAGCUCUGGCACAAGCCCAAUCCGUUGCGCAAUCCAUCCAGACCACGCUGAACAGCAUCGUCAGCUCUGCUCUCACUUCGGGAGUCUCUUCCACGGUCAGCACUCUGACGACGCAGCUGUCCACCGCCCUCAAUAACCUGAACUCCGUGCUCGGCCAGGUCGUCGCCGCCGGAAGCUCUGUCCCAGCUACCCUGGUCAACGAGCUGAACAGCGCUUUGGCUGCCGUAGCUAACGUGGCCUCGCAAGUCAAGUCCCAGGUCGGUUCGGCGCCUCUGCUCGGACUUCUGGGAUGAGUUUUUGUUUUGUAACUGAAUGUAUGGAAGUUCUUGUAAUGACCCAAUAAAAUCUGCUUUCGCUCAUUA